AUUUGCACACUCUUCACCACCAAACAAACCAAAACAGGAGAAAAAAAUGACCCAGAAGCUGUGGCCUUGGCUCUCUCAAUCUAGCCAUGGCAUCAACAAUUACCCCCUCCACUUCUCCCCUUUGCUACUUCUACACUAGUCCCAUUUCAAGAUUUGCUUGCACCUUCAAAAUCAGAGCUUCAUCUUCAUCACCAACUACCAUGGCCGCCGCCUCCGCCGCCAAGGUAGUACCCGCCGUCAUAGUCGGCGGCGGAAGGGUCGGGAGGGCGUUGCAGGAAAUGGGAAACGGCGAUGAUGUUUUGGUGAGGAGAGGGGAGCCUGUGCCGUUGGAUUUUGCUGGGCCCAUAUUGAUUUGCACGAGGAACGAUGAUCUUGAAGCCGUUCUUCAAUCCACUCCUCAGUCUCGAUGGAGCGAUUUGGUAUUCUUCCAGAAUGGAAUGCUGGAGCCGUGGUUUCAUAGUAAAGGUUUGGGUGAUGCAGACCAAGUUUUGGCAUACUUUGCCAUAUCAAAGCUUGGCGAACCUCCUAUUGACGGAAAAACAGAUACUAAUCCCGAAGGCUUGACUGCUGCUUUUGGGAAAUGGGCAUCUGCGGUGGCAGCAAGAUUACAUGCUGGAGGCCUUUCUUGCAAGGUCCUUGACAAGGAUGCUUUUCAGAAGCAGAUGCUGGAGAAACUUAUAUGGAUAUCGGCAUUCAUGCUAGUUGGGGCACUUCAUCCUGGAGCAACUGUUGGUGUUGUUGAGAAGGAAUUUCGCUCCGAGGUUUGUAGCCUCGUCACUGAACUAGCAGCAGCAGCAGCUGCUGAGAAAGGGAUAGUUUUUGAAAAUGGCAUGGAAGAUAGAUUAUGUGCUUAUUCACGGACUGUUGCUCACUUCCCAACAGCGGUUAAGGAGGUAAAUAGUGUAAUCCCCAAGAACCAAGGAAUAAAAUUACGUUCUGUUUCCAUGAAAUGGUCAAAAGGUUUCCCGUUUCUAGCAGACCAACAUGAUACAUCUGUUUCCAAUGUUUUGACUGACACAUAUCUAGAUAAAACAAAACAUAUCGGAAAAAUUUGCGAAACAUACAAAAACUGAGUUGUUACAGCACCUCUUAGAAAUACCCUACAUCCCCAGUUAUUUUUUUACCUUCCAUUUUGUUUCAAGCUGUUUUUGAAAUGUUUGCAAAACAAUCCUUUUCCUAGCUAACCAAAAUAACUCUUAAAAACAAAUUUUCUUUUAAUCCUUGCAGAGUACUGAUGGUGUGACUUGGUAAUUGUAUUACUAUUUUUUUGACUAAAGUACUCUGUUGAAUACCUGCAGUUCAAGUGGAGAAAUGGUUGGUUGUAUUCCCUGUCCGAAAAGGCAAUCACAGAAGGGAAACCGGAUCCAUGCCCGCUACACACUGCAUGGCUAAAAGAACUCAAAGUUGUCUAGAAUCGAUAUUAGUGUACAAUAGAUAUCAUGGCUAAUAAUUUUAUGAGUUAAAAGACUCUUUCUAGUACCAUUCAGAAAUCAGUAAUACAAAAUUCUGUUGUCGAAGCGUGUUUCUCAAAUCAGUUAUGUGCUUUUGCAUUCUGAUUGUUUCCAGGGUUGUCUUGCUCUUAGAACAAAUCUACUAUGUAGUGUUUCACAUAAAUGCAUCGUUCGUAAUAUUGUCGAUGAAGAAACCUCGUUCCAUAA